AUGAAGUUAACACUCAUCCUUGUGAUCACAGUGGCCACGGUGGCUUCGCUCUGUUCGGCGAGCCCUCUGUUGGUCACAAAGCACGUGGUGAAGAAGCUCGUCGCCAAACAUCACCCAAAAACCACGAAAACCGUCGUUUACACGCCAGUCGUAGCGAAACAUGCCCAUUCACACGCCCACAAGCACCUCCUGGCGGCUCCGAUGGCCCUACUGCCCGCUAAAUUGGCCACUUCCCUCGGCGCGUUGCUGAAGUUUCCCCUGCUGAAGCAUCCCUUCCUGAAUCACCCUCUGCUGGCCAGACACACUCCCGGUGGUGUCGUGGAGGUCGUCCACAAACACAACCCAGACGCUCCUUACGCAGCAGCUGCUCCUGCCGUCACGGUGGUAGAUUUACCACCAAAAGUUGUGGAAUUGCCACCGAAAGUGGUCGAAGAACAUCACACACUCCCUGUUCCCGUUCCGACGUACGGAGUUCCAGCUUCAACGGUUUCCGUUUCCCAGCUUCCGGUGCCGGCAUAUGGCGUUCCUGUUCCGAGUUAUGUUCCAGCCCCAACAUAUGGAGUCCCUGCCGCUACGUACGGCGUUCCCGUCACCACCGGUGAAGCAUCAUCCUCGUCCUCAUCGUCCUCGGCGUCCUCUUCGGCCUCUGCCUCAUCGGAAGCGGACACCGGAGCCAAAUACGUCGCCGUCAACCUGGGCGCUCGCCAUGAAGCUCCCCUACCCGGCCAUGAGCAUUCGGUUGUCCUGGAAAACCUAGAACCGGCACCGGGAACCGAAACCCUAACCAUGCUGCUACCACCGGUCGUUUCGAACGAACUCUCCACCGACUGGCACACGGAACCGGUCGUCCUGCGUGGGCAGGAUCUCGUCUCAUCCGACAUGCUGCGGAUGGCAACCGAGGACGAAAUGGUACCAGAGACCAACAAUGGCGAAGCUCGAUACAUCGCCGUUAACAAUGGAGUGCGUCAUGAGGCUCCUCUGCCAGGAUACGAUCACUCGAUCGUGAUCGAGAACCUGGACACGGUUUAG